UUUGAGGAGCGAAUCGCUAAACUUACAAGUCAACUUGAGGCUUAUCAAUCAAAAGAAGAAGAAAACAUCUCAGAACUGAAUACUUGGAAGGUACAAAUAAAAGACACAUCAUUUUAAGUGCAGUAUUUUGUUGUUUAUGCAGUUAAAAUUUAAUGAAGUUUGUAAAAAUAACAAGUAACACAGUGUAAUGCCUCAAUAUUGAAUUUUAUUAGCAUACUUUGAAUGUAUUGAUAAACUACAUACUUUAUUUAUAUAUAUAAAUAUUUAAUAAUUUACAAAUAUUUGUAUAUAUGUGUAUAUAUAUAUAUAUAUAUAUAUAUAUAUAUAUAUAUAUAUAUAUAUAUAUAUAUAUAAAAAUAUAUAUAUAUAUAUAUAUAUAUGUAUAUAUAUAUAUAUAUAUAUAUAUAUAUAUAUAUAUAUAUAAAUAUAUAUUUAUAAAAACAAUUUCUUCCAAGAAUUUAAUAUUUCUAAGUAAACUACGUAGUAUUUUGUAUGUCUCUGAUUUUUUUAUGUACACAUAAUGUAAAUUAAUAUGUUUUAAAAAUCUAUUUCAACAAAUUGUAUAAAUCUAUUUAUAUAUUAAAGGAACAGUCUAACAGUCUAAUAAAAGAACUAGAGAAUGUUCAGCUUCAGCAACACCACACUGUUACUGAUUAUAAGGAGCAAAUUGCAGACAUGGCGUGCAAGUUGGAGGCUUACCAGACAAGAGAAAAAGAAAACAACUCAAUAUUGGAAAUUUUGAAGGUAUUAUUUGAAUGUUUCUACUGUUAGUAAUUUUACUUUCAUAUACUGGAGUGAUGUCCUAACUGGUUUUAUUAAUUUAUAAUAUUUUUUUUUUAAGUUACUUUUUUUCCCCCCACACAUUAAAUGCACUCAUAAAUUAAUAUUUUGAGCAGAGAAAGUCCCAAAUGCAAAAUGAUUCCUAUUAAAAAGACUUGUCAAUUAAUAUUUAUUUAAAUCUCUAUAUGCCCUCUCUUAUUUAAUGAGUUUUAAAGAGAAAUAAACAUUUUUGAAAAGGAAAAAUCAAGUAUUCAUGAGAAGGAAUCAGAGGACUUGCAGAUUAAGCAUAAGCAAAUGAAAGCUGAAUUUGAGGAGCGAAAUGCUAAACUUACAAGUCAGCUUGAGGCUUAUCUAUCAAGGGAAGAAGAAAACAUCUCAGAACUACAUACUUUGAAGGUAAAAAUAACAGACACAGCAUGUUAAGUCUCUUAUUUUGUGUUGGGGCAGUUAAAGUUAAAGGGGUUUGUAAAUUGACUUUGAAAUGCUGUGGUCAUGUCCUAUUUGGUUUAUUUAUGAAAGAUUCUUUUUUUUUCACACACAUAAAAGGAACUCAGAAAUUAAACUUUGAUGCAGAGAAAGCCCCAAUGCAAGAAUAUUAAGAUUGAAAAUACUAGUACAUUAAGUUUUAAAUAAAUCUAUUCAUACAUUUUUAAUGAGAGAUUUUUUAAACCAUUUUUUUUAAAAAAGGAAAAAUCAAGUAUUCAAGAGAAAGAAUCAAAGAUCUUGCAGAUUAAGCAUGAGCAAAUAAUAGCUGAAUUUGAGGAGCGAAUCACUAAACUUACAAGUCAGCUUGAGGCUUAUCUAUCAAGGGAAGAAGAAAACAUCUCAGAACUGAAUACUUGGAAGGUAAAAAUAACACAGUUUGUUAAGUCUGUCAUUUUGUGUUAAGGAAAUUAUAUUAAAGGGGUUUUUAAAUUUCCUUGAUAUAUUGUAGUAAUGUUUUAUCUAGUUUUUAAAUUUAUUUUAAUGAAAAAAAAAAUAGUUUUUGACACUUUUAAAUACACUCAGAAAUUAAUAUUUUAUGCAGAGAGAAAGCCUCAAUGCAAGAAAAUUAAGAUUGAAAAUACUAGUCCAUAAAGUUUUACAUAAAACUAUUCAUACAUUUUUAAUGAGAGUUUUUUUUAAACCAUUUUUUAAAAGGAAAAAUCAUGUAUUCAAGAGAAAGAAUCAGAGGUCUUGCAGAUUAAACAUGAGCAAGUAAUAGAUGAAUUUGAAGAGCAAAUCACUAAACUUACUAGUCAGCUUGAGGCUUAUCAAUCAAGGGAAGAAGAAAACAUCUUAGAACUGAAUACUUGGAAGGUACAAAUAAAAGACACAUCAUUUUAAGUGCGGUAUUUUGUUGUUUAUGCAGUUAAAAUUUAAUGAAGUUUGUAAAAAUAACAAGUAACACAGUGAAAUGCCUCAAUAUUAAAUUUUAUUAGCAUACUUUGAAUGUAUUGAUAAACUACAUACUUUAUUUAUAUAUAUAAAUAUUUAAUAAUUUACAAAUAUUUGUAUAUUAUAUAUAUAUAUAUAUAUAUAUAUAUAUAUAUAUAUAUAUAAAUAUAUAUUUAUAAAAACAAUCUCUUCCAAGAAUUUAAUAUUUCUAAGUAAACUAAGUAGUUUUUUGUAUGUCUCUGUUUUUUUAUGUAUACAUAAUGUAAAUUAAUAUGUUUUAAAAAUCUAUUUCAACAAAUUGUAUAAAUCUAUUUAUAUAUUAAAGGAACAGUCUAACAGUCUAAUAAAAGAACUAGAGAAUGUUNAAUAACACAGUUUGUUAAGUCUGUCAUUUUGUGUUAAGGAAAUUAUAUUAAAGGGGUUUUUAAAUUUCCUUGAUAUAUUGUAGUAAUGUUUUAUCUAGUUUUUAAAUUUAUUUUAAUGAAAAAAAAAUAGUUUUUGACACUUUUAAAUACACUCAGAAAUUAAUAUUUUAUGCAGAGAGAAAGCCUCAAUGCAAGAAAAUUAAGAUUUAAAAUACUAGUCCAUAAAGUUUUACAUAAAACUAUUCAUACAUUUUUAAUGAGAGUUUUUUUAAAACCAUUUUUUAAAAGGAAAAAUCAAGUAUUCAAGAGAAAGAAUCAGAGGUCUUGCAGAUUAAACAUGAGCAAGUAAUAGCUGAAUUUGAGGAGCAAAUCACUAAACUUACAAGUCAGCUUGAGGCUUAUCAAUCAAGGGAAG